UAUUUUUAUCUAAAUACUGUGUUUCUCAAGCUCUCUUGAAUGAAAGACUUUUUUUUAUUAGACAUUUGAAUUUAGAGUUCUAUCGACUGAGUAUCUGACAGCGAGGCGUCAUCAGUGUAUAUAUAUAUAUAGUACGAUAGGUGAAAAUAAUCGAAUUUAUUGAUAACAAUUCGCGUAAGGAUCCCACGACGACAGCUAUGACUUCUGGGGGUUCCCAUUGAAAAAAGUGAAAGUUCCCCUUUAAUUGACGAGUGGAAAUAAAGCUGAAGGUCUGAGGUAUUUUUUAUACAUAAUUCAUUCGUCUGUCGAAGGGUUAUAAAGCACUUGUGUUGGAAGGAAUAAACGAAGAAAAAUCCAACGCCGACAAAGUUAGAUACAGUGAAAGUUGAAGCUUCUCAUUUCAUCGACUAAUUGACUUUAGGAGCUUUAUAAAUUAGGGAGAAAACGUAGGGCUGAUAAUGAACACCUGUUGUGGAAUUCCCAGAGUACGGCAAAUAGCGAUAGUUUCUGCCAGAGAAAUGCACCACAGAUGUAAAGUUUUAGUCAUCGGAGGAGGCACAGGGGGUUGCACAAUGGCCGCUAAAUUGUCAAAAAAAUUCGACAAGGCCCCGAAUCAUGUGAUUGUGGUCGAACCUAACGAGAUCCACUACUAUCAACCGAUGUUCACCCUGAUUGGGGGUGGAUUAAAGGAUUUUUCGUCGUCCAGGCGAUUCAUGGAUAACGUUUUGCCAAAAAAAUCCCAGUGGAUAAAGGAUAGUGUAACAUCAUUUGAGCCGGAAUCUAAUACAGUCAGAACAAACAAUGGGGACACGAUACAGUACGACCUAAUGAUUGUUGCCAUGGGAUUGCAACUUUACUGGGCCAAGAUUCCAGGAUUAGUGGAUGCCCUGAAAGACCCAGACUCUCAGGUGUGCUCCAUUUACAGUCCAGAGACGGUUGGAGCGGUAUUCGACAAAAUAAAAAAAACUACUGGAGGUCCUGGGGUCUUUACAUUUCCGAACACAACCGUGAAGUGUCCUGGAGCGCCUCAGAAAAUUGCAUACAUCGCUGAGGACUUCUGGGCGAGGAAAAAUCGUCGCGAAGACAUUGAAGUUAUUUAUAAUACAUCUCUCCCUGUAAUCUUCGGAGUGAAGAAGUACGCAGAUGCCCUAUGGGGUGUCUGUGAGAGACGAAAAAUCAGGGUCAAUCUUCAAACCUCGUUGAUAGAGAUAAAUAGUGACAAGAAUGAAGCUACUUUCGAGAAUUUGAAGACUCCCGGGGAGAAAAUUACGCAGAAGUACUCAUUCCUCCACGUUUGUCCACCUAUGGGACCUCCAGAUGUUCUCAAGAAUCAUCCAGCUUUGACAAAUGAGGCUGGAUUCCUAUCUGUUGAUGCUAGCACCUUGAGGCACAGUCGGUUUAAUAAUAUUUAUGGCCUCGGAGACUGCACCACUACGCCGAAUUCUAAAACAAUGGCUGCGAUAGCCUCACAAGCUAAAGUUCUGCAUCAGAAUAUCCUCGACGAUUUAAACAGAAAGCCCAUGCGAGGCGUCUACAAUGGAUAUGCCUCGUGUCCUUUGGUGACAGCUCCUGGCAAGUGUAUUCUAGCUGAAUUUGAUUAUAAUCUCCAGCCCCUGGAGACAUUUCCUGUUGACCAGAAGAAUGAAAUGUGGAUCAUGUAUUUUCUGAAGAAGGAAUUCUUCCCCUUUCUGUACUGGAAUUUCAUGUUGAAGGGUUACUGGAAUGGCCCAGAGUUCAUUCGAAAACUGCUGAAAGUCUUUAAAAAGUCAUCCUAGGCCAAGAGGACAUGGCGUCACCCAGCAAUAAUUGUUAAAAUUUUAAUUCUGUAUAUAGCACAAUAAAAUUUAAUUAUCAUUGUAAA